UUGUUUACACUUGAACCUUUUGUUUUCUUCGUGACACAUAACCUACAACUGUUACUAAUAGUUUUUAAUCUUGGAAGACACUUGUUUGAAAUAAUGUUUUAUAUUGUUGGUUUAGGUUUAGGUGACCCUAAAGAUAUUUCAGUUAAAGGUUUAGAAAUUGUCAAAAAGUCCGAUAGAGUCUAUCUUGAAAUUUAUACCUCAAUUCUUUCAGCUGGAAAGGAAGCUCUGGAAGAAUUUUAUGGUAGAGAAAUUCUUUUGGCGGACAGAGAACUUGUGGAACAAGGAUCUGAAGAAAUCCUGAAAGAUGCUGAUACAAAGGAUAUUGUGUUGCUCGUAGUGGGAGAUCCAUUCAGUGCCACCACUCAUACAGACCUUUUCCUCAGAGCUAAACAGUCAAAUAUUCCUUGCAAAGUUAUUCACAAUGCUUCCAUUAUUAAUGCCAUCGGUUGCUCUGGAUUACAGCUUUAUAAUUUUGGUGAAACAGUAUCCAUACCUUACUGGACCAGUUCAUGGCAGCCAGACAGCUUCUAUGACAAGAUUUGCAGCAAUAAAAGUCGAGGAUUGCACACUCUUUGUUUGCUAGAUAUUCGUGUAAAGGAACCAACAGUAGAGAGCUUGAUGAAGAAGAAGAGAGAAUAUGAGCCACCAAGGUUCAUGACAGUAAGUGAGGCUGCUACACAACUGUUGCAGAUCAUUUCGGGUCGCGGCUCAGGUGAUGAUAUUUCAGAACUGACAGAGGUGACAGAGUGUGUCGGGGUGGCUAGAGUGGGCUCCCCAGACCAACGCAUCUGUUAUGGAUCUCUAGCAUCAUUCGCAGAUCUGGAUCUCGGCCCCCCACUUCAGUCGCUUGUCAUUAUCGGCACACUCCACCCACUCGAACAAGAAUUUCUCUUUCAAAUUGCUGAAACUGUGUCGUAACAAAUAAAUAAUUUUUAAAUACGUUUUUUCA